AGGAAACACCUAACGUGUAAGCAAUCAGUUAAGCUGCACAACCUGGUGGAAGAUCACAACAAAGUCCAGGUUACCAUCAUGGUAAAAGACAAAGGCUUGCAGGAGCUGGAAUCCCGCCUCUUGGUUCCUGGAGAUAAUCUUAUUCUUCCAGGAAAAUUAUCACUGCCAUGUGAUGCUGUUCUGAUUGAUGGGAGCUGUGUGGUGAAUGAGGGUAUGCUCACAGGAGAAAGCAUACCUGUUACGAAGACACCACUGCCACACACAGAGAGCACCACGCCCUGGAAGUCCCACAGUUUGGAGGAUUAUCGGAAACAUGUGCUUUUCUGUGGAACAGAAGUUAUCCAGGUCAAGCCCUCUGGGCAGGGACCUGUGAGAGCCGUUGUUUUGCAGACAGGUUACAAUACAGCCAAAGGGGACUUGGUGAGAUCCAUCCUCUAUCCCCGGCCUCUGAACUUUAAACUCUACAGCGAAGCCUUCAAGUUCAUGGUGUUCCUGGCCUUCCUUGGUGUUGUGGGGUUUUUCUAUGCCCUAGGGAUAUACAUGUACCAUGAAGCCCCUCCAAGAGCUACAACAACCAUGGCCCUGCUCCUCCUCACUGUGACUGUCCCUCCUGUGCUGCCAGCAGCCUUGACCAUUGGUAUUGUCUAUGCCCAGAAGAGGCUGAAAAAGAAGAAGAUCUUCUGUAUCUCCCCCCAGAGAAUCAACAUGUGUGGGCAGAUCAACCUUGUGUGCUUUGACAAGACAGGCACUUUGACAGAAGAUGGGCUUGACCUCUGGGGGACAGUCCCUACUGCUGAGAACUGUUUCCAGGAAGGCCACAGUUUUGGUUCAGGCAGGGCUCUGCCAUGGAGCCCCCUGUGUGCGGCCAUGGCCAGUUGCCACUCUCUGAUCCUUCUUGAUGGGACCAUCCAGGGGGACCCUCUGGACCUCAAGAUGUUUGAAGGCACUGCCUGGAAAGUGGAAGAGGACUCCUGCAAGUUUGGAAUGUCUGGUUCAAGCACAGUCAUAAAACCAGGACCAAAAGCCAGUUCGAGUCCUGUGGCAGCCAUCUUUGUUCUGCGCCAGUUUCCAUUUUCCUCAAGUCUGCAGAGGAUGUCUGUGAUUGCCCAGCUGGCCGGGCAGGACUAUGCGCAUGUCUACAUGAAGGGUGCCCCUGAGAUGGUGGCCAGGUUCUGCAUAUCCGAAACAGUGCCCAAGAAUUUCCCAGAGGUGCUAAAGAAUUAUACAAUACAAGGAUUCCGUGUUAUUGCCCUUGCCCAGAAGGUCCUGAGCAUGAAGAAACUUUCAGAAUUGGAGCAUUUUGCAAGGGAGGACGCAGAGUCAGACUUAACAUUUUUGGGACUUCUCAUAAUGGAGAAUCGUUUGAAAAAGGAAACCAAGCCAGUCUUAAAGGAACUCAGCGAGGCCCGCAUCAGGACUGUGAUGAUUACAGGUGACAAUCUUCAAACAGCUAUUACUGUGGCAAAGAAUUCUGAAAUGGUUCCCCGAGGCAGCCAGGUGAUUGCCAUCGAAGCCAAUGAACCAGAAGAGAAUUUUCCUGCUUCUGUGACUUGGCAGCUGGUGGAGAAGCAGGAGACUGGAUCCAGGAAGGAGGAAACCUACAUUAAUGUUGGAAGCAGCUCAUUACCUGAUGGGGGGCGAGGGAGCUGUUACCAUUUUGCAAUGACUGGGAAAUCGUACCAAGUGAUAGUUCAGCAUUUCAGCAGCUUGCUUCCAAAAAUUCUGCUGAAUGGAACCAUUUUUGCAAGAAUGUCUCCAGGGCAGAAAUCAAGCCUUGUUGAAGAAUUUCAGAAAUUAAAUUACUACGUGGGCAUGUGUGGAGAUGGCGCCAAUGACUGUGGGGCUUUGAAAAUGGCUCAUGCAGGGAUCUCACUGUCGGAGCAGGAAGCAUCUGUUGCGUCCCCCUUCACGUCCAAAACUGCCAACAUCGAAUGCAUGCCUCAUCUCAUCAGAGAAGGACGGGCUGCUCUGGUUUCAUCCUUUGGUGUGUUUAAGUACUUGACCAUGUAUGGGAUAAUCCAGCUUAUUGGGACAUCAUUGCUGUAUUGGCAACUACAACUCUUUGGAAAUUACCAGUAUCUCAUGCAAGAUGUAGCCAUUACUUUGAUGGUCUGUUUAACAAUGAGUUCGACGGAUGCCUACCCGAAGCUGGCUCCCUACCGACCCGCUGGACAGCUCCUUUCACCCCCUUUGCUGCUCUCGGUGUUCCUCAAUACCUGUUUCACCUGCAUCGUGCAGGUGUGUGCCUUUCUCUAUGUGAAACAGCAGCCUUGGUACUGUGAGGUCUACCGCUACAGUGAGUGCUUUCUGACGAACCAAAGUAAUUUCUCAACCAGCCUGAGUUUGGGAAGAAACUGGACUGGAAAUGCAACUCUGGUUCCUGGCUCUGUUUUAAGUUUUGAGAGCACCACGCUGUGGCCUAUCACUACCAUGAACUGUAUCACCAUAGCCUUUAUCUUUUCUAAGGGCAAGCCUUUUCGAAAACCUAUCUAUACAAACUAUACAUUUUCAUUUCUGUUGGUAUCUGCCUUGGGCCUUACGAUUUUCAUUCUGUUUUCUGACUUUCAAGAUAUAUACCAAGGGAUGGAGUUCAUCCCAACCAUUAUAUCAUGGAGAGCUUCAAUUCUGGUGGCAUCCCUCAUCCAGUUCUGCGUGGCCUUCUUUGUAGAGGAUGCCAUCCUUCAAAACCGAGAACUGUGGCUCUUGAUCAAGAAAGCAUUUGGAUUGUACUCUACAAGUUCCUACAGGAAAUGGCAAAGGAAGCUGGCAGAAGAUGCUUCCUGGCCUCCCACAAACAGGACGGUGUAUUCAGGUGAAAGCAACAAUGGAGUCUACAUCAACAGAGGCUAUGAAAGCCCUGAACAGAUCCCAAAAGAAGGACUCAGUUCGGGAGACCAGACCACAGAACAGAAUUUUGGGGCAAGGCUAUAGUCAGAACUGGUGUUGCACAGGUGGAGCAGCAGUAUCUUCUUGCCUCCAAAUGAGAGCACUGCGGAGAGGUGAGACCAGCGUAUCCUUACCUCUUCUUUUUCCUUCUGAGCAUCCAAAAACACGUCUCAGCCUAGUGAACCUUACAGCAGAGGACUUUGAAUUUAUCUGUUUGAUUCUAUCUUUUACUGUCAAAAGAAAAUUUGCAUCUCUUGGAUCACCAUUUUUAAUAAACUUCAUAUUAUAUUGUAUAGAAUGCAUAACUGUCAUGGUGAUGAAAUCAGAGGUGUGAACAUUGGUGGAAAAAAAGGAAAAUCAAGGAAAUAGUCUUUGAACGUUUACCAAUAUAGCAAAAGCCACCUGUUUCCUUAACUUUUACACACAUUUGUGAAGAACAUUUAUGCUCGUAUCUUUUAUAAGGCCAUUAAGCUCCUCCCUUUUCCAGCUGUGAUUGGGUUCUAGCAUAGAAACAAGAACUAAUGUUUGCUUCAGAAAGUUGAAUAUUACCUCUAUUAUGAGCCAGAGUUGUGUAGAAGGGGAGAAGGAGAGAGGUUUGUGUAAGUUGCAGAGGAGCCUGGCAUGGGCACAGCUAAAUGAUUUAUGAACCACACCAAAGGGUGGCAUCCCCCGAGCACACUGUUUUGGGUCCAGUGGACAAGAAAUCCAGAGUAAUUCACAAAGACAAUGAAAUAAACUGUUGAAAUGUGCUUUUCACAUUCAAAGGUAUGGCUUUUUAAACUUACCUCUUGUUAUUGAUAUAUGGAAAUCGUCUAACUCUAAAAACAGGCUAAAACUAAAUAUUGUUCAUCUUUUAAAAGCAAGCUAAGGGAAGGACCCAUAAUGUUUGUCUCUAUGGCAUGCCAAUUCCAUGCUACUAGAAAGCUUUGCACCCUAUCUCAUUUUGAAGUCUUCAAAUCAUCUUUUACACGUAUUAAAUGUUAUGUGCUAAAGCACAGCCCUCUUGGGUUAGGAAAGACAUCCUGGACUAAGAUGCACUUCAGCCGACCUAAGCAAUACCCCCUCUACCAGUUCCCAUGUGGCAGGACAUUCCAGCUCAUAGGACACAAUGAAAAAAGCUGCCAGUCCCCUACCCUAUCAUGCAAACUUCCAAUGCACUGACAUAUUCCAAACUAAAUCAGGAAAGUUCUUGCCUCCCCUACCACCCGGAACCCUGACUCUAUAAAUUA